GUUUCCGCGAGUGAGAACGGGCUGUAUAACUUGCAAAAUCCGUCGCAUCAAGUGUGAUGAGGCCAAGCCAAGUUGUCAGAAGUGCGUGUCGACUGGACGCCGCUGCGACGGGUACGAGCCGAUCCGCACGCUACCAGUGAUGGGAAUGCCCUCCGCCUGGGACUUUAUCUGCGAUGACUCCACAGAACUCGACAACUUCUCGUUCUUCCAGUCCGUGACCACUUCGACACUAGCGGAAUUCUUUGACCCCGGAUUCUGGUCCGAUCAGUUGUUGCGGUUCGCCCACCAUUAUCCGGCCCUCUGGCACGGCAUGACCGCUCUGGCCUGCCUGCAUCGAGACUAUGUCGGCCAGGAUGUUCGCUUCACGGCGCCCGGAGCACGGGAGAUUCGCAGCAGGCGAUUUGCAUUGAAACAGUACAACAAAUCCAUCCAGGCGCUGUCGGAACUGUGCUCCAAGCCCGUUCUAGGUUUGGAAGAUCGCAUCGUCGUGCUGGCCACCUGUGCGAUUUUCUCGUCCAUGUGCGUCUUGCAGAGCCAGCAGCACCAGGCGUACAUGCACAUUCGCAACGGGCUGAAAAUCAUCUCUGAAUGGGAGUUCGACUACCAGGAAGUGACAGUGUGCGGAGACUAUGUGGCCGCCAGUAUGCUGGUCCUGAUCUUUACUCGCCUCGACUCCCAGGUCAUUCCCUAUAUGUUUGCCUGCGACGACGCCACGACGUGGAUUGACCGUCAGGUGGUCCCACUAUAUGCCCAUGCCACAUUCCUUACUCUCUUUGACGCAUACGUAUCUAUCGAAGCGAUUUACAAUGGUGUGAUGCGGCUGAUGUGGAGGUUCAACAAACGGGGCGCGAAUUAUCGCCCCAUCCCCCUCCCAGACCGCGAGGCACAGCUGCAACUCUUACAGGCGUGGGACCAACAACUGGCCAUUGUUUUGGAGACGUUAUCGGCAGAAGCCCGGAACUCCAAGGCAGUGGACCUACUGAUGGUGCGCCGGACUCUGGCCGGGCUCUUCUACCAUGUUGAUCUCGCUCCCGGCGAAUUGGCCGCCGACCUUUAUCUUGCGGAGAGUGUGGAGCUCGUGGACCGGGUCGCGCGGAUCCUGGGAGAUGGGGGCAAUGUCCGUCUGCAGCGUACCAAGGCAGCGUACACUCUCGAGACUGGGAUAGUUGAGCCUCUGUUCUGGGUGGCUGUCCGGUGUCGCGAGCCGCAAGUGAGACGCCGAGCGCUGAGGCUGCUCCGACAGUAUCCCCGCCGCGAGGGUAUCUGCGACGGCAUUGUGGCGGCGGGGACGGUCGACAAGCUGAUCGAAAUCGAGGAGACAGGGUGCCCCCGCGCACGUGGUGAUCCAGAGAAAGCAAGUCCCUGCAAUGAUGGACAGUGGGUGUGUGAGAAACAUCGUGUCUCGACGUGGGACUUCGUUCUGCGGUCCGAAAGCGAGGUUGCCGUCACGUACAGGACGGUGGAGGACUUUGCUCUCGACCGCCCGGGGACAAAGCUGUUGUAUUCGUGGUGGUAGACCAGUAUGUUUGGUCGUUGCAUCAGCGAUUAGAAAAUAGACAGAUUGAUUCAACCUUGCUUUGGUUUGUCGGCCGUCUUACAGAGGCAAGCCUCGACUUGAAUGCGUCCUUGGAUGACAAACUGUCAUCGAAGAAUAUUAAGCCUUUUUCGGCUUCGCCGUAACCCUACAUCACUACACCCAAGCCAAGAAUCAUUAUCAUUCAAAUAAAUACUUAUCUG